AUGGAGGACUCAUCAAACGUUCAUGUCGGCCCCCGACGGCUGUCUAAGCCUCGGACGAAUAAGUCUUCCUCCACUGUCCUUAGUGAACAGCCUACUACGCCAUCGUCACCUCACAACUCCUCUGAUCAGGACUAUUUCGGUAGAGAUGCGGUCAUCGUGAACUCGCACGGCGAACGUAGAAGCCGAAGCAAAUCCCGGGGCAGAAUUAGAGCUUACCUGUAUGGCUCGAGUCAUGAUGCCGUACAGACUUCGUCAGAUGAUGAAGAGGCGCAGACUGGAAUCGCAGUCGCAGCGCGCGACGUCAAAAAUCGGUUAUCACGCACAGGCUCAUCGAUUAUGCCGCUCCAGAGUGCCAAAGCAUCGGCAACACGCCUUUCAACCUCCUCAAGUUCACGGCUACUUUCCACAUGCUCGACAGAGUCACAAGGAAUGGACCCCGAAGAGGCGGCCAUGAUCGCGGACCAGAUCAAACAAAGAGCCUACCAUGAUAGCCUAGCGGCCCAGAACCACGUCUCUACGCCGGUCGACGAGGAUAGGCACGUUGACUCAGUCAUGGCUCCACUCCGUAGGAAAUCACUUUAUACACCAGGCAUAGCCACUAGGAAUGCCAGCGAUAUACUGCGGAAGCCUCCCAAGCCAUCAACAGAUCACGAGUACUAUUACGACCCUUUGCGUCCCGAGUCUUCACCUCUCUCUCAUCUUGCAACAUUGAACAUGGGUGAAGAUGGUAGACGUACCCCUUCCGAUCUUCAAUAUUCUCAACUAGGAGGACUGCAAUUGGGCACAUUAAGGGUUACAAAUGGAGCUAGUUCGCCGGUACCGGGGGAUCAUCCCCUAGACUUGGCAUGUCGCUCAGCAACACCCGAGGCCAAAACGCACGACGAAUACUACACAGCAUCUGAAGGAAGUGUGACUGGGGACGGGGACCAUGCCACACCUCUACCCUCUGGUGGUGGGAGUCCCUUGAAAUAUGAGAGUCGAGUCACAAGCAGCCCCGAAAAGUCUUCACCUUUCGAGAGGGAAACAUCGAAUGAAUCUUUUCCUUUCUCAAGGGAAUCGGCCGAUCAAGUGGCUUGUUCUGACAGGGGGGCAACCGAUCAGUCAGCUCGUUUUAGAAGGGAGACACCCAGCGACAUACUUCGCUUGGCGGAUGGGUCAUCGAAUGAAUCAUAUCCUUUCAAAAUGGGAUCAUCCAAAGCCUGCCCUGCUGAAGCAACGAAACCCAGCAGUCUUUUUCCUCUUGAAAGGGAAACACCUAACAACUCUUUCUCUUUUGAAAAUGAAUCACGCGAUGAAAUUGAGCACUUCGAAAGGGAAACAUCGAAAGAAUCUUUUCCCCUUGAGAUGGGGUCAAUCAAAACUUGUCGUGUCAAGGGGGAAAUACGAAAUGAAUCUUUCCCUUCCAAAACCGAAACACCCGACGAACUUGUGCGCUUCAAGGGGGAAACAUCAAGCGAUUCAUUCCCUUUUGAGGGGAGGUCAUCCAAAGCCCGUCUUGUUGAGGGGAGGACGCCCGACGAGUGCUCUUGUUUUGGGGAAAAUCCCCCAAACGGCGCCUCAGAUAUAGCAGAUGAAUAUAUUGCAGAACUUGACGGCGGUCCGUUCUCUUACCCACCGCUUGAAGAUAAGAGGGGUAUCGAAUCACAUUUACAGCAUCCCGCAAAGGAAACGUGGAGGUCAUUCAUCAACGAUGCUGAGGUGCAGCAUGCUGGUAAUAACAGCAGCUCAAGGGAAGACGCCCUUCGAAAACUCACUGUAAAUGGUAACAUCUCAUCGACGUGGAGACCCGAACCUCUCUCCGUCCCGUCCUCUCAGCCUUCGAGAUACAGCACCUCUUCAGAAAAGCCUCAAACAGACAGCGGAUACUGUUCGUAUGCUUCAUUGACAGGGGCUCCUGCUGAUCAAGCUUGCUUUAGAACGGGGGAUAAUCCAAUUCCUUCUAUCAAGGUCUCUGCUUCACCCCCACCUCAGGCCGUUGAGACUGUCAGAUCUUCCGCUCGAUCUUCCUUUCAUCGGAAUCCAAUACGCAAGCUCCAGAAACAAAGACCGAAGUCACAGCCUCCGCCCGUGAAUCUCAUCACAGGAUACCACGAGCUUACCGAUGCGAACAUACCUCGUAUACCUUCACUCAUUGCCGCGAGGCACGCAAACAGGCUCAGCCAAUUCCCCCUUCUUGAACAUACAUUUCCAAGCUCGCAGCAUACAACUGCAGAUAGAACCUCGUCUCCGGUCCAGGCUCAUAACACGCCGGUUCGGUUUCCGUCCCCCCCAAAUGCUCUUGAAGCGGCCUCUGAACCUUUUGGACCAUUUUCGACAGCUUCCUCUAAACCUCGAGCCAGUACGAAUGUUGUCGAAGAUGAAUGGGGUCCUUCGGAUCUGGUAAGAUCCCCUAGCUGGUCUGAAUUUGGCGGUGGCAGAGGAAGGAAGGAGCAGAAGAAGCUGGCUAAAGAAGAGAAGGAAACGGAGAAAAGGCUUCUGAAAGAAGAAAAAGAAUUGGAAAGAAGAUUGCAGAAAGACAGAAAGGACCUCCAAAGGCAAAUUAGAAAAGACGAGAAUAAGCAGAGGUCCACUCGCUCUCGCUCUGUUUCUAGAACAAGAGCGAAAUCAUCCGAGGGCCAUUGCCGCCAGGACACACUGGUAGCGAUCGCAGACUUCGGAACUGUGACCGAAUCUUUGGGCCCGUAUGACAUCGCAACAUCGAUGUUCCCCAACCCAUCGCAAAAUGCCAGCAAUUGGCAUCCCCAUCAGAUUAGUACUGCUAUGCCAAGACCAAAAUCCUUGGUUGGCGCGAGAGUGCGUCCUCGAAGCAUGUUUACGGACGCGGUACCAGCCUCGGCUGCAGUGGAUAUCAAGGCGCACGAGCUGAAAUGGGCCCUGGGCCGUCGAAGGAGUCAAAGCUUCUCGGUAGUAGGGGCGCACAGGCCUGAAUCGUUCAACGACCGUGGGGGAAUUCCAGGAAAAUCAGUUGGACCUCACGGCAUCACCAUGGAUGCACCACCGGUGCCAGCGCUUCCUUCGGCGUCACAGGUCAAGCAACGGGAAGCGGAAAUCAUAAGGUCUCGUCCCCAUAGUAUGAUAAUCGAAGGACCGGUGCCAAACCCUACCUCCCGGGAACAUGAAGGGCGAAGGGCGGCUCCUUACCCCCCUGAGUCAGGUACAAAUGCUACACCGCGUAAGAGGAAGGGCAGCAAGGAAGUUCCAGAUCUCUGGAGUAACGGAUCGCUCGAAAGGAAGAGCCCCAAGACCGUUGAGAGAUCAAGAAAAGCAUCCAACCCUGUGACUGAUGAAAGCGACGAGGCCUUACCAGCCAAGGACAACCUUUGGGAAACCCAGAGCCACGCCUGGUCUCAACGUCGUAAAUCAGCCGGCGAAGCUCUUCUGAGGAAUCAAGUCAGAGAUGUUAUCGAUAACAAGGAAGCCGCGAAUCCAGCUCCACUUUACGAUCACAGCAACAGGCCCCAGUCUCUGGCCAGAGCUUCUACUUCUGGAAACCACCCCAGCCACCUAGGCCCAUUCGCAAAUGCGCUGUCAUCACACCCUCAGUUGACGGCACAACAGUCAACUUCCACGUCAAGUACGGCAAGUUCCCUUCACCGAUCAACUACUCAGCAGACGCAGCUGCUCGGCUUUAGCCCGGUCACUUCGCCUCCUAAGCCAUCUGCGUCGUCAUUUCAACACGGAAACCAAACACCAAAUUCUUCCCCACGCCGCGCACAAACCCAAUCAUUCCAGAUCCCACGCAAGCGUGUUGGCUCUGGCCCUUUUAUACUGCGCACUGAAAGCGCCAUCGGAUCCAGCCGUUACGCAGCGAUUCUUAUCUGA